AUGAGCAACAUGUCGACUCACUCCAACAUGGAGCGUUUGGAGCCCAUCGAGUCGCCCGUUCGUCGAUCCGCCAUCGGCCGCAGAUUCCAUGCUAUGUGGAAAGCUGUCGAUCGCUGCGACAAACGAAUCUCCACGUCCACCUUUGGACGAAUCUUCAGACUCGAGGGAAGCGGCCAUCCUAAGGAGAUACCCGAUACAUCAUUCUUUAGGGAGAUUCGCGCGGGAGUGACCACCUUUGCGACCAUGGCGUACAUCAUCGCUGUCAAUGCAAUCAUUCUCUCGCAGACAGGCGGAACUUGUGAGUGCGACUUGGUAAACAGAGCCGACUGCGACAACAUCGACAGCUACAAGGCUUGCAAAGAGAAUGUUCGUCUUGACCUGAUCACUGCGACUGCUGCCAUCGCCGGCCUCGCUAGCUUCACCUUUGGUUUCUUCACCAAUCUGCCAGUGGCCCUUGCUCCAGGCAUGGGCCUCAACGCAUACUUCGCUUUCCAGGUCGUCGGCCCCAACGGCUCAGGCAACAUUCCCUACCGUGUCGCCUUGACAGCAGUCUUCGUGGAGGGGCUCAUCUUCAUCGUCCUUGCUCUUACCGGAAUGCGCCAGUGGCUUGUUAAGCUCAUCCCCGCCACUAUCAAGACGGCAACCGGCGUCGGUAUCGGCUUUUUCUUGACGGAGAUUGGACUUUCUUAUUCGGCCGGAAUCGGUGCAAUUACUGGAGGCUGGAAGUCUACCCCGCUCGCCAUCGCCGGAUGCCCUGUUGAGAUGAUCGACCCGGACACCCAGAUGUGUGCUGGAGGUAUCAUGUCGAGCCCCAAGAUGUGGACGGCAAUCUUCGCUGGCGGCCUUGUCACGGCCUAUCUGAUGUCAUUCCGGGUCAAGUAUGCUCUCAUCAUGGGUAUUGCCCUGGUGUCCAUCUUAUCCUGGCCACGCAACACAUCCAUCACCUACUUCCCUUACAACGAGGAAGGCGAAAAUCGCUUCAACUUCUUCAAAAACGUCGUCACGUUCCAUCCAAUCCAGCACACCCUCAACGCCCUGGACUGGGAUGUCACAAAGAAUGGAUCGCAAUUCGCCCUGGCUCUCUUCACCUUCCUCUACGUCGACAUCAUUGACGCCACAGCCACGCUGUACUCCAUGGUCCGUUUCUGUGGCGUUGUCGACCCCAAGGACGGCGAUUUCCCUCGUUCUACCAUUGCCUAUUGCUGCGACGCGGCAUGCAUCUCCAUCGGCUCACUGUUCGGUUGUUCUCCAGUCACGGCCUUCAUCGAGAGCGGUGCGGGCAUUGCAGAAGGUGGCCGCACCGGACUGACAUCCAUGACCACCGGCCUUUGCUUCCUCGUCUCCAUCUUCUUUGCUCCCAUCUUUGCGUCUAUCCCGCCUUGGGCAACCGGUUGCACGCUCGUUCUGGUCGGCUGCAUGAUGAUUCGUCAAAUUACCCAGAUCAACUGGCGCUAUAUUGGCGAUGUUCUUCCAUCCUUUGUCGUAAUGACUUUCAUUCCCUUCUCGUACAGCGUCGCUUACGGCCUUAUCGCGGGCGUUUUCGUGUACACUGUUCUUAACGGCCUGAUCGCCUUGACUGUCUGGCUGUCUGGGGGUAGAAUCGAGCCCCGCGAGUACGAUGCGAAAGAAUACUGGUCCUGGAGAGGUUCUGGCAAAAAGCCUUGGUUUGUGCGUGCUGUCCGCAACAGCUGCUUCAGCAACGGCGACAACGACAGCAAGCGCCAGUUUAACAUGCAGGACGACCACGAUAGCUCCUACGCUCCGGGUUCGCGCAUGGGUUCAUCGGACCAAAAGGAGGACGGUGUUCACAUGAACACUCAAAAAGCUCAGCGACCAACCUCCACCACGUCCACCAGCAAUUACCCCUCCUCCGCCUCCAAGAUGAGUGGUGGAUGGAAUACCAUCGAGUCCGAUGCAGGCGUUUUCACCUACCUGCUCGAGAACCUCGGUGUCAAGGGCGUUCAGUUUGAAGAGCUGCUCACGCUCUCUCCUGAUGAGCUAGCGCCGCUGCAGCCAAUCUACGGCAUUAUCUUCCUCUUCCGCUACCCUUCCGAAGGCCUGCCCGCGCGGCCAGCAGACUCCUACGACCGCGAUGCCGCCGAGAGCCUCUUCUUCGCCCAGCAGACGAUCCAGAAUGCCUGUGGCACGCAAGCGCUGCUGAGCGUCGUUCUUAACAAGACCAACGAGGUGGAGAUUGGCGAGAAGCUUGGCGAAUUCCGUGAAUUCACCAUGGUUCUGCCUCCCGAGUUCCGCGGGGAGGCACUCAGCAACUCUGAGCUGAUCCGCGAUGUACACAACAGCUUCGCCAAGAGCAGUCCCUUCGUUGACGAGACGCAAAAGACGGGCGAGGCCGAGGAUGCCUUCCACUUUAUCGCCUACACGCCCAUCAAUGGCAAGCUGUACGAACUGGAUGGACUGCAGCCUGCGCCUAUCUCUCACGGCGCCUGCACGACCGAAGAGUUUCCAACCAAGGUGACGCAGGUCCUCCAGGACCGCAUGCUGACGUACGCCAGCUCCGAGAUUCGGUUCAACGUGCUGGCCAUGGUACGCGACCCGAGGAUUGCCGCCAAGGAGAUUGGUGAUUCCGAGACCUUGGAGCGAGAAAACGAGAAGCGCCGCAACUGGAGAUUCGAGAACGCUCUGCGUCGACACAACUUUGUUGGCUUCGCUGGCGAGGUCCUGAAAGGUGUUGUCGCGCAGAAGGUUGAGGGCGGCGAUGCGGCAUACGAUGCCUGGAUCAAGGAGGGCCUCGAGCGGAGGAAGAGAGAUGAGGAUGCCGUGAGAUUGAGGCGGAAGAUGGGUGGCGGCGGUGACGAUGACGAAGAGAUGAUCGGUUAA